CUCGUUAAUCACCGUCACAGUAUCCAAAUUGUCGCGGUUUCUACAUGCAGCGGGCAAAUGACCGCGCUACACUGUACGGUAGUACUGUGGAUACUGUUGCCGUAUUUGCAGAAGAUUUCGGGGAAGAAUUUAACGGUGUGUACCGUCAUUGAAUCGGGGAAUGAUCAACUGGUAUAUAAUUAUCAGCGGGCGGCCGCGGCUAUCGCCAUGGCUAUGGAGUUCGCCAACGAGCAGAUCCUGCCAGCGGGGAUCAGAUUGGUCUUGAAUUAUAAAGAUGGGGGAAAAGUGUGCGGUGCCAACAAUAUGGCCAUUAAACGGGCACUGGACUGGAUGCGCGAAGGUGUCGUAUGCAGUGUUUACCUGGGACCAGGUUGUGAUCGCGCCGUGGCGGAUCUGUACAACAUCGCCGCGUACCAGAACAUCCCGCUCAUCGGCGUUCCUGCGUCCAACGUGGUCGGGUUAACGAAGCUCACGCACGACCAGAUUCCGCUGCUCAUCCGGCCGGCAUACUCCUUCACGGACAUUGCCCUAAUGAUCACUACUUUCCUGGACCAGUUUAAUUACACGCACACGACGAUCCUGACCGAUCUGUCCAAUGCCUUUUACGCCGAUAUCAGCGAGAUGCUGACCGGACACUUUCACGAUGUCCGACCGGACCUGUACGAGACGGCCUGCAUGCAUACCUUCAAGAGUAAUGAGGAUAAAGCGGACAGGUACGAUACGCUGCUAGAGGAAGCCCAACUGUGCUCCAGAGUGAUCCUGCUCCUGGGUAAUUCGUCCAUCAUCAGACAAUUGAUGCUCGAAGCUCGUAGACUCCAGAUGACCAACGGCGAUUACGUCUACAUUGCGAUUGAGUUGUUUAAAAGCAAUUUUUGGGGUGAUUUCACAUGGAGAUUUAACGAUCCAUUAGACCGGGACACACAACUGGCCUACCGCUCCUUAGCAAUUAUUGGACUGUACGAAGAAAGCAAUCUGGACUUUGUAGAAUUCCAAAAGGAAGUCAAAAGGCGGGCGCGAUCGCAGUACGGCUACAAUUACGGCGCCUUUGAACAGGUUGAUCCAAUCGUUGUCAGCUAUUACGAUGCGGUGAUAUUAUACGGAAACGCCGUGGCGUCUGUGUUGUAUGCUAACGGCAGCUUAUCGGAUGGCAAGCAGCUAGCCAGUGCUAUGAAGAACGUGUCUUUUAAAGGACCACUGGGCUAUUCCAUUCACAUGAACGGUCAUGGUGACCGCACCCGCGCGUACUCCAUCAAGGACCUCAGCCGCGAUACUGAAAAAUUUGAGAAUGUCAUCAGGAUCGACUACGGUACGCAGGAAUUAACAUGGUUCGGGAAAUUUGAAUGGCCGGGCGGCAGUCUUCCGCCAGAUCGACCGUUCUGCGGGUUCGACGGAAAAGCGGCGGUUUGUCAACAGUCGUCUGCGAUGAGUCCGGGUGGCAUUGCCGGCAUCGCUAUCGGUUGUGUGCUGUUUAUGGCAAUAUUAUUGGGAGCAACGUAUUUUGUGCUACGCAGCAGCAUGGCAUUUACCGAUCCGUACUGGUGGCGAAUCCGUACCAACGACGUGCUGCUCUUCGGGGUGGCUAAUGCCACCGAAAUGUCACGGGCUAGUUUGCAGAAGUCGGCCAUUAGUUCGAAAGAUAUUUCCAGUAAACACUCCAGGACCACCAUGAUGUCCCAACAUCCAUAUGGGAUCCCGGCGACAUACGAUGGGAUUGCUAUAUCCUUGCUGGAGUUGCCGAAGAAGCAGUAUCGGCCGUCAAAUCUGAUGAUUCAGCAAAUGAACGAGAUUCGCUUGCUGUCUCACCAAAACCUGCAUCGUUUUGUCGGUUUGUGCUUGGACGAGCAGAACUUUGUGGAUUUUAUUGCCAAUGAAUUGUGCUCAAAAGGAACUUUGGACGAUGUGCUGGAUGAUGAACACAUCAAGUUGGAUUGGUCGUUCAAGCAUUCGCUUAUACGCGAUAUUAGUGAGGGAAUGCAGUAUCUCCACAAUUCCAGUGUUCAGUCACACGGUCACUUGUCCGCUCUGACCUGCGCAGUAGACAGUCGCUUUAUGGUUAAGGUCACAUCGUAUGGCCUAACGGGAUUUACCGAUCCUAAAGAACUCGUCGUGCCGCAGCCAUCAGAUACGGAGCGGGAUUUUGCUCGAUUGUUUUGGAGGGCGCCCGAAUUUCUACGUUAUACGAUGCCAAUGAAAGGUUCACAGGUAUGCGAUGUGUACAGUUUUGCCAUCAUUCUCCAACAAAUCGUUCUGCGAAGUAGUCCGUUUUCAUCGGCCACCCAGGAUGCGGCGACGACUGUCGCGCAGUUUUCGCCAAAAGAAAUUAUCAUGGAGGUCAAGCAAGGCAGUAUACCUCCCUUCCGACCAAUGGUCCCCAAAACGGCCUGCUCGAUUGAGCUUUACCAGCUGAUGGAACAGUGUUGGUCGGAGCACCCGCUCGAACGGCCGACAUUCUCCAAAAUACGAGAAACCAUUAAAAAGAUUGCCGGUUCUGAUAGCGGGAAUAUUGUGGAACAUUUGCUCAACAGAAUGGAACAGUAUGCCAAUAGUUUAGAAGCCCAGGUCGUGGAAAAAACACAGCAGUUCAUGGAAGAGAAACGACGAUCGGAAGAACUGCUUUGCCAGCUCUUGCCAAAAAGCGUCGCUGCAGCGUUGACUAAAGGUGAAAGCAUCGGUCCUGAAUCAUUCGAAAGCGUCACCAUCUACUUUAGCGACAUUGUCCACUUCACAACCAUCUCCGCGUCCAUUUCGCCGAUGGACGUGGUGACGCUGUUAAACAAUUUAUACACAUUAUUUGACAGCAUACUGGAGCAUUUUGAUGUGUACAAAGUGGAAACCAUUGGUGAUGCUUACAUGGUUGCUAGCGGUCUUCCGAUCCGCAACGGAAAUAAACACGCCGGAGAGAUCGCCAGCGUGGCGCUGCGCAUCCAAGCCGGGAUUGGGGCCUUCGUUAUACCCAGUCGACCACACGAGAAACUUCAAGUGCGCAUUGGAAUGCACUCAGGACCCUGUGUUGCUGGAAUCGUCGGACUAAAGAUGCCUCGAUACUGCUUAUUUGGUGAUACCGUCAACGCUUCGCGGAUGGAAACCACAGGAGAGCCAAUGAAGAUACAGAUGUCCGAGCAGAGUCAUGAGUUGCUAAACGACAUCGGUGGUUACAUCAUGCAAGAGCGUGGCGAAAUCGUGGUCAAGGGUAAGGGCACGAUGACGACGUACUGGCUGUUAAGCAAACUGGGAUCCGCUGAGCGACUGUAAAGCCAUAGCCAAUAGCUUCCGGGUGCUUCUGAUACCCGAACCAGUUCUUCCGCAUUUGCACGCCCAAGAACGCACCAAACAUAUCCGCCAUCCACGAAAUUUUAAGUAAUAGUUCUGGUAGCGACGUAAGUCAGAUUAUUGUCUGUGAAAGAAUGGCAUGUUAAUCGUAAUGUGCGUACGUAUUCAGUUAAAGGUCAAUCUGAUUUCGCAUCCUUAAGUAUUGGUUACAUCGAAUUAUGAGCGAUUCGUUGAUGGCGGCAGCAAUAGUGUACA